AUGAGGUGCAUUCUGCGAACUUGCCUGCAUCAUAAUCAUCAUCUGCGGCAGCGUGUUGUUGCCACCACUAACACCACCAAUAAUGCUGCCGCUGCUGCGCUUCUUUUCGGUGUGCGCUGCCAGAGCAAUUCACUUAUCGGCACCAUUCACGGCGGGGAGUUGUCAUUGCCGAGUGAUCCGCAGGGCGGCUCGCAGCUCUCCGCACGCAACAUUGCGAUGGAGGCGCUGCAGAUGAAGAAAUUACAUCAAGAACGGGGCGGCAACCCGAUGCUGGCGCAGCAGGCACGCCGUGUCCUUUUCGCCACAUCCAUCGCCGGCCAAAGUCUUGACGCCCGCUCCGUCGCGCUGCUUCUUAACACCGCCGUGUACUUUGGUAUGGAGAGUGACGCGAAGCUCGUACGUGAGUGCAUCGACUACUGCCUGAAGAAUGACAAACUUAUCACCGUCGAUGUCCUGCCGAUUGUCGUCACCGCCUGCGCUACCCUGAAGUCACGCGAUGCCCGUGAGGUGAUUGAAAUGCAGGCACAGAAGGCCGCCCGGAAUGCGAAGUAUUUGGAUUCAAAGGGCGUCGCAAACAUCAUCAGCGCCUUUUCGAAAACCGGCAUCAAUCAUGAGAAAUUGUUUGGUUUUCUCUCAAAACGCGUCCAGACCCUUGCACGCGUGGGCGAAUUUGAGGCGGCGCAUC